AUUCUUACCCCGUAACUCAACUCGUUCAUCUUUUUCCACCACUAUCGCUGACAGCUGUCCACUAACAUCGUUAUACUCGCAUUUGUCUAUACGGGAAACCUUUCAGGGGCAGCCACUUGGCCAUCAUGCGUUGGGAGCGUCUCAAAUUCUGGCACAAACGGUCUGAUGGCUCCUCCAAGCCACCGGCUGUCUCGAUUGGCGAUGGUGCCGUUCAGCCAUCACGAAUCGCCACACCUAAUCAGGCUCCGACCUCUCAUGCACAAUCAGCCAUACUUCCUCGGGCGCCAGACCUUAUGGCCGAUGCCUCGCUACACGCGCUACCUACCGACGCAGCCGUUGCCUCUCCGACCUCGCUUACUGCAACCCCCUCGACAAAGUCGUCAUCUGAAAGCGUUCUGGAGCGCCUUUGGAUCAAGGCGUAUGACAGUCUGAGAACUGAUGAAAAGUCCACAGUCCUAGCUUACGAGACGCUGCUUGUGAAAAGACUGGAGGAACGCAAUAAAGGCUCUUCCACCCAGAUUACACUCGCAACAUUGAACCAGCGGGAGCAACUGAGGGAAUUUGUUGACACCAGCUUUGAAGGGUCUAAGAAAAUUGCGACUGCGAAAGAGAACAUGCAAGAAUUCAACCGAGUUGCACAGCCCGUGAAAACAGUGAUGGAUGUCGUUGUUAAAGCAGCCCCUGAAGCUGCCCUCGCUUGGUCUUGCGUUUCUUUCGCUCUUCAGAUACUCGCAAACCCAUUGACAGAAUCAACUGUUAACCGUGAUGGCAUCAAGAAGGUGCUCAUGACGAUGGAUUGGUACCAGCGUCUUGUCGAGCUCCUAGUCGACGAUGAAAGCCGGACACAAGAUCUGAGAAUAGAGCUGGAGAAUCACAUCGUCGAGCUUUACAAACGACUUCUCAUCUAUCAGAUGAAGAGUGUCUGCCGGUAUAAUCGACGGGAGAUCCUUGUCAUCUUGAGAGAUAUGGUCAAGCUUGAUAACUGGAAAGGCAAGCUAGAUGAUGUCGAAAACGCCGAAAAGCAGGUGCGCUCCAGAUUGGAGCAGUAUCAGAGGCAGUCCAUCAACGACUCGAUCCAGAAAUUAGCUGGUAUUCUGACUGAACAGUCCAAUGAGAUUGCGUCCGCGAUUCAAGAGCAGACUAGGACACAACAGACAGCGCACGAUGAAUCGAAAAGACGAGAAUUCCUGAGAGCCCUGCGCCAAACGGUCAAUCCACAGGACGAGAAAGAACGCAUCCAAGAUGAGAAGGGAAACCUCCUCCGAGAUUGUUACUCUUGGAUUCUCGAUCAUGAGAAAUUCUUGGAAUGGCAACAGAACAAAUCGACCAGGAUACUCUGGGUCGCAGGAGAUCCGGGAAAGGGAAAGACCAUGCUUUUGUGCGGCAUCAUUGAUGAGUUGGAGAAGAAGCCGACCAACGUAUUAUCUUAUUUCUUCUGUCAAGCUACGCAGGAGACACUCAGCAACGCAACUGCUGUCCUGCGAGGGAUCAUAUACGGCCUUGCAAAGAAGUACCCGCAGCUCGACCGUCACAUAUCUGAAAAGUAUGAGGAUGGUGGAGCGGCGGCUUUUGCCGGCGAAACCGCAUGGGUCGUAAUGCGUAACAUUCUCAGAGCAAUGUUGAGCGAUCCGUAUAUGGAUGGCGUCAUCCUGAUCGUGGAUGCUCUCGAUGAAUGCGAGGAGGAUCGCCAAAAGCUUCUGGGAUUCAUCUGUGAUAGCUCACAAGCAGCCGAUUCUCGUGCUAAAUGGGUUGUUUCGAGUCGCAAUUGGCCGGGGAUCGGAAAGGCCAUGGGCAAAGUCACGAAACACAUAUCGAAACUCUCUCUCGACCUGAACGACCACGUUGCUGGCGCUGUACGCAAAUACAUCAAACAGAAGGUGAAAGAUCUUGCCACAGAGAUCCCAUUCGCAGGCAACCAGGCGCUCUGCGACCAAGUUACCGACUGUCUCGACAAAAACUCUGAAAAUACCUUUCUGUGGGUGGCAUUGGUCUGCAACGCACUUCGUCAAGGCAACGUUUACGAAGAGAGACACGUUUCAGGUUCCACUGGAAUUUUGAACGAAUUCCCCCGAGGUCUAGAGAACCUAUACGGCCGGAUGCUCGAGCACAUCGAAUCCGACACGAGGGACUCGGAUAAGGGCCUUUGCAAACAUAUUCUAGCGGUCGCUUCCGUAAUGAGGCGUCAUGUCAGCCUGGAAGAACUUUGUUCAAUAAUGGAAUUUUCAACUCAUUUCGAUGGUGAAUUAGAUACCUUGAAGUCCUCGGUCCGAUAUUGUGGUUCUUUCUUGAACAUCCAACAUGGAACGGUUUACUUCGUGCACCAAUCAGCCGUGGAUUUUCUUCAAAAGGAGGCUUUCGAGGAAAUCUUCCCACGUGGUAUCAAAGCUACGCAUCAGGAUGUGUUUGUUAGCUCGAUCAAGGCCAUGUCUAAGGUUUUAGUAUGCCGCGACAUUUACGGCCUGUGCAGACGCCACGGGCGAGAAGCUCUUGGUCUGGACCGGGAUGAAAUCACACCACCUCAAUUGGACCCCCUACUUCCUAUUCAGUAUGCGAGCUUCUACUGGAUCGACCACCUGGUCGAAAUGGGCAUGCCAAUUGAUAGUCGUGACAUCGAAGUCAUCCAUCAGUUCCUUCGCAGAAGGUUUUUGUACUGGAUAGAGGCCCUGGCACUCCUUCGUCAGCUUCCACAAGCUAUCCGCAGCAUACAAAAGCUUCAAAAACUGGUGGCCGGAAUGACAACCCCUGACGAAGAAAACCUAUCGGAAUUCCUUCACGACGCAAAUCGAUUUCUGCUCUAUCAUAGAGACAUGAUUGAAAGAACGCCGUUGCAGCUUUAUGCUUCAGCCCUUAUGUUCAGCCCGGAACAGAGCAUCGUGAGGAGACAAUUUUGGUCCGAGGCGCCCGACUGGGUCACGGUAACGCAUGGUGUGGAUACAAAAUGGGACGCGUGUCUUCAAACUCUAUUCGGGCACGGAGACUGGAUCGUCACCCUCGCCUACUCUCCAGAUGGCCAGUGGCUCGUUUCCGGUGAUCUUGGCGGCGUUGUGAAGCUGUGGCACGUGGACAGCGGCACUUGCGAGCACACGCUCGACUACAAUACGAUUCCUGUCUAUGUUGUAAAGUCAUAUCUCCAAGCAAAACCACCUUGCGUCGUGUCAGUUGCUUUCUCAGCUGAUGGCCUUACAUUCACGUCAGAAUAUUCGGAUGGAAUUUUCAAGGUUUUCGACAGAGUGACAGGCGAUUGCAUCGGCGAGAUUACAGAUCUAGCACGUCCAGAGAACGAUGACUUACCAUGGUUUCGGAAUGUCGCAAGAACGGCAAUCUCUCGAGAUAGCCACUCAGCCGCAUUUGUUUUGCUAGACAACUCGAUCAGUAUUCUGAAACUGGACAGCGGAGCUCCUCCACGCACAGUCAGGCCGCAUUCGAACGAGGUCCAUACGGUAGCUUUAACAGCAGACGGUCAUUUCCUUGCCUCAACGUAUGAUCAAGGGAAUAUCGAUAUCCGGGACACUUCGACAGGAAUAAGCACGCAAGUUAUCAGCACUGACGAGAAAGGACUACAGUUGAUAUUCUCAGCCGACGGGCGAUGGCUUGCAACAGGCGGUCAAUCGGGCGGCGUGCGCGUUUGGGAAAGCACAACCGGCCGGUUGGCUUUGACGCUUAGACGCGACAGGGACGAAAACAAGAGUCCCGGUGCGCAGUCAAUAGCGUUCUCAGAUAACAGUCGCCUCGUUGCAGCUUCCUACGAAGGUGAUCUUUGCGUUUGGGACACGACGACGAGUUCUCUUACAUGGCGCCAAGAUUCUGGGGUAUAUAUCCCCUCUUUGUCAUUUUCACCAGACUCCUUACGCCUUGUUUCAGGAUCUUCUGAUCGUACCAUCAAAAUCUGGGACUUACCAAAGGAUAUCGAUAGCACAGCCGAAGUUCGCCUUGCACAAGGUUUACGCUACUCUGAUGGACUUCACUUCGCAGCGUACUACCCCGCCGCUCAAGAGAUUGAAAUUUGGGCUGGAAGAACCGAAACUGCCAUAGAAAUGAAGAAAUUCCACGAGAACGAUGUUCGUAUCAUUUGCCUGUCCCCAGACCAUCGCAGCCUUGCAUCCGCCUCCAUCGAGGGCAAAAUCACAGUCUGGGACACGGACAGCGGGAAUCAGAAACAAACAUUUGGUGACUACGGAGGAAAUCAUUCCAUAAUUACCUCAUUGGUCUUUCGAGGAAAUUCUCAGCUUGCCUCGGGUCUUUUUGGGAUGAUAGAUAUUUGGGAUGCGUCUGACGGAAGACACAGGCAAAGAGUCGAAGGUGAAGACGGCUACAUAAAGCACAUGACCUUCUCCUUGGACGGCCAGUUGCUCGCGUACAAGUCUCCUGAUUUUCGGGAUAAAAAGUCGCUAGUCACAGUCUGGGACAUUGAGAAGGAACCACGCUGCCAGGUAUUGAGAGCAGAUUUGGGUGGCAUCAAGAGCCCUACCGCAUUGAGCUUCUCAGCAGACAGCCAGUUACUUGCAGUGGCCUCACGUGGAGACAUAUUCUUGUUGGAUUUGAGAUGUGGCACCUUCACAUGGAUAUUAAAAUUUGGCGCCUAUUUCGGAAAAGCUCAUGUCUCUUUUGACGCAAACCUAUCAAGACGCCUGCAUACUCGAUUUGGCUUUCUGGACUUGACAGACCAAAACCCCAACGAUAUCGACUCAAGCAACGCAGAAGACGACGAGGUUUGUUCCGGAGACUCGAAUGACGACGUCAGAAUACUGUCAGUAACAAAGGGGCCUUCGGGGGAUCCGUUGUCCUUUAGGGGAUAUGGCCUCAGCGAUGACCUGGGGUGGGUCACGUAUGAUGAGCGGAGAUUGUUUGAAAUUCCAUUCGACUACCGAGCGGGUCGCCGGAGUGAAAUCACACCAGUCAUCGGUGGCUCGACUCUUAUUUGGAUAAGCCAUACGGGAAGGCUAAUGCGGAUGCAUUUCAACCACUGAUCGAGGCUGCACGGGGGCACCCUCACCACGCCACAAAACGGCCGGGUUCAGCGCAGACCGUCAGUGGAAUGUCGCUGAAGCCCUGGGUGUGCGGAAGGCUUCUAUUCAAUUUCACUUGUAACUAGGCCUUGGUUGAAUUUCCUAUUGCAAUAACUAUGCCAACUUAUCUUGAACCAUGGCUUUGUGAACGGCAGAAUCCUGGGCCUCGACUGCUCGAGUGCCUGCAUCCUGCAGGUCAGGGUUGCCGCUCACUUCACUCGAUGUAAUCGUUAUAGUGUAGUGCGUGUAAAUAAUCCCACUUUACC